AUGGAAGUUGUGAUUAGAGAUAAUUAUCAAAACAAUUCCACUUUCUUGUCCUUUUUUCAGGCUGAACUCACGGGAAUCAAAUGGCGUAGGUACAAUUUUGGAGGGCAUGGGGACUGUGGACCCAUCAUUUCAGCCCCAGCCCAGGAUGACCCAAUCCUGUUAAGUUUCAUCCGCUGCCUGCAAGCCAACUUGCUGUGUGUAUGGCGUCGUGAUGUCAAACCAGGUUGCAAAGAGUUAUGGAUAUUCUGGUGGGGUGACGAACCCAACCUAGUGGGUGUAAUACAUCAUGAGCUCCAGGUUGUGGAAGAAGGACUCUGGGAAAAUGGCCUUUCCUAUGAAUGUAGGACACUGCUCUUCAAAGCAAUCCACAACCUGUUAGAAAGGUGCCUAAUGGACAAGAACUUCGUCAGGAUUGGGAAAUGGUUUGUCCGACCCUAUGAAAAGGAUGAAAAGCCUGUCAACAAAAGUGAGCAUUUGUCCUGUGCUUUCACCUUCUUUCUUCAUGGGGAAAGUAAUGUAUGCACAAGUGUGGAGAUUGCUCAACACCAGCCCAUUUACCUGAUCAACGAGGAGCACAUCCACAUGGCCCAGUCUUCACCUGCACCGUUUCAAGUCCUGGUCAGUCCUUACGGCUUAAAUGGCACGCUAACAGGCCAAGCUUACAAGAUGUCCGAUCCAGCCACCCGUAAGUUGAUCGAGGAAUGGCAGUAUUUCUACCCAAUGGUGCUGAAAAAGAAAGAAGAACUGAAGGAGGAAGAGGAGUUGGGCUAUGAUGAUGAUUUCCCUGUGGCAGUCGAAGUAAUUGUUGGUGGCGUUCGGAUGGUUUAUCCUUCGGCUUUUGUUUUGAUCUCUCAGAACGACAUCCCAGUUCCUCAAAGCGUUGCCAAUGCUGGAGGCCAUAUUACCGCGGGGCAGCAAGGACUGGGGAGUGUAAAAGACCCAAGUAAUGGUGGGAUGCCCCUUACCCCUCCCACCUCUCCAGAACAGGUUCUCCUAGGUGAGAGUGGAGGUACGCAGAGUGCUGUCAAUCACCUAGGUUCCCAAGAAGGGGGAAUGAUAACUAUGCACAGUCCAAAGAGAUCGGGGAAGAUUCCUCCAAAACUCCACAAUCAUAUGGUCCGUCGGGUCUGGAAGGAAUGCACCCUCAGCAGAACCCAGUCCAAGAGGAGCCAAGUGUCAACUCCAACUCUUGAAGAAGAGCCUGCUAACAAUCCUGCAACUUGGGAUUUUGUAGAUCCAACCCAAAGAGUUAGCUGUUCUUGUUCCAGGCAUAAACUUUUAAAACGUUGUGCAGUAGGACCCAACCGACCUCCCACAACAUCUCAACCAGGGUUCAGUGCAGGACCAUCAUCAUCUUCAUCUUUACCGCCUCCUGCUUCUUCUAAGCACAAAACAGCAGAAAGGCAGGAAAAAGGAGACAAGUUGCAAAAGAGACCCUUGGUACCAUUUCACCACAGGCCCUCUGUGGCCGAAGAGUUAUGCAUGGAACAGGAUACAGCAGGGCAGAAGCUGGGGCUGGCAGGGAUAGACUCCUCCUUAGAGGUGUCCAGCAGUAGGAAGUAUGAUAAGCAAAUGGCCGUGCCUUCCAGAAAUACAAGCAAGCAAAUGAAUCUGAAUCCUAUGGAUUCCCCUCAUUCCCCCAUCUCCCCUCUGCCGCCAACACUCAGCCCGCAGCCACGGGGUCAGGAAACGGAGAGUUUGGACCCACCGCCUGUCCCUGUGAACCCAGCCCUCUAUGGAAACGUGCUAGAGCUCCAGCCCUUAGCUACUCUGGAUGACAGAGCUGUCCUCGUAGGCCAAAGACUGCCUCUGAUGGCAGAGGUCAGCGAGACGGCCUUAUAUUGUGGGAUCAGGCCCUCGAACCCGGAGUCGUCGGCUCAGCGGUGGCACAGUUACCGCCUCCCAUCCAGUGAUGACACCGAGUUCAGGCCUCCAGAGCUCCAGGGUGAGAGAUGUGAUGCCAAAAUGGAGGUGACCUCUGAGAGCACCGCGCUGCAAAGACUCUUAGCACAGCCUCACAAACGGUUUAAACUCUGGCGAGACAAGCAGCCCCAGAUGCAGCCGCUUCACUUCCUUGACCCGAUGCCUCUCACCCAGCCACCUGGAGACAGCUUGGGAGAAGUCAAUGACCCAUAUACCUUUGAGGACGGUGACAUAAAGUACAUCUUUACAGCCAACAAGAAAUGCAAGCAAGGGACAGAGAAAGACUCCCUGAAAAAGACUAAGUCAGAGGAUGGAUUUGGUACCAAGGAUGUCACUACACCAGGUCAUUCCACGCCGGUGCCUGAUGGGAAAAAUGCCAUGUCUAUUUUCAGUUCUGCUACUAAAACAGAUGUCCGGCAGGAUAAUGCUGCUGGCAGAGCUGGCCCCAGUAGCCUUACGCAGGUGACAGAUUUGGCACCUUCCCUGCACGACCUAGACAACAUCUUUGAUAAUUCUGAUGACGACGAACUUGGGGCUGUAUCACCCGCACUGCGCUCAUCGAAAAUGCCUACGGUUGGGACCGAAGACCGACCCCUUGGGAAGGAUGGAAGGACCGCCGUUCCAUACCCACCAACAGUUGCAGACCUACAGAGGAUGUUCCCCACACCCCCAUCUUUGGAGCAGCACCCUGCUUUCUCUCCUGUGAUGAAUUAUAAAGAUGGCAUCAAUUCAGAGACGGUGACAGCAUUAGGCAUGAUGGAGAGUCCUAUGGUCAGCAUGGUUUCAACAACACAGCUCACAGAAUUCAAGAUGGAAGUAGAAGACGGCUUAGGAAGCCCCAAGCCAGAGGAAAUAAAGGACUUUUCGUACGUGCACAGAGUUCCGCCCUUUCAACCUUUCCUGGGAUCCUCCAUGUUUGCUCCACUGAAGAUGUUGCCGAGCCAGUGCCUGCUACCUCUGAAGAUACCCGAUGCCUGUCUGUUUCGGCCUUCCUGGGCAAUUCCUCCUAAAAUCGAACAACUGCCCAUGCCACCUGCAGCCACUUUCAUCAGAGAUGGCUACAAUAACGUGCCUAGUGUUGGGAGCCUCGCAGACCCAGACUAUCUGAACACGCCACAGAUGAACACUCCGGUGACGCUCAACAGUGCCGCCCCUGCCAGCAACAGCGGGGCAGGGGUCCUGCCCUCGCCAGCAACCCCCCGCUUCUCUGUCCCCACACCACGGACCCCCAGGACUCCAAGAACUCCCAGAGGUGGGGGUACUGCCAGUGGUCAAGGGUCUGUGAAGUAUGACAGCACCGAUCAGGGGUCACCAGCCUCCACCCCCUCUACUACGCGGCCCCUUAACUCUGUGGAGCCUGCCACCAUGCAACCAAUUCCUGAAGCCCACAGUCUCUAUGUCACCUUGAUUCUCUCCGACUCGGUGAUGAACAUCUUUAAAGAUAGAAACUUUGACAGCUGUUGCAUCUGCGCCUGCAACAUGAACAUCAAAGGGGCAGAUGUUGGCCUCUACAUCCCCGAUUCCUCCAAUGAGGACCAGUACCGUUGCACCUGUGGGUUCAGUGCCAUCAUGAACCGCAAGCUUGGCUACAACUCAGGACUCUUCCUUGAAGAUGAGCUGGAUAUUUUUGGGAAGAAUUCUGAUAUUGGUCAAGCUGCGGAGAGGCGUUUAAUGCUGUGUCAGACCACCUUCCUUCCUCAGCCGGAAGGAGCCAGAAAGUCCCAGGAGCCACCCAUCAGCCUCCUCCUCCUGCUGCAGAACCAGCACACACAGCCCUUUGCCUCUCUGAGCUUCCUGGACUAUAUCUCCUCCAGCAGCCGCCAGCCGCUCCCCUGCGUGAGCUGGACUUACGACCGGGUGCAGGCCGACAACCACGACUACUGGACAGAGUGCUUCAACGCGCUGGAGCAGGGCCGGCAGUAUGUGGACAACCCCACAGGUGGUAAAGUGGAUGAGGCACUGGUGCGAAGUGCCACUGCACACUCGUGGCCACACAGCAAUGUGCUGGACUGCAGCAUGCUCUCCUCCCAGGACGUGGUGCGCAUGCUGCUGUCCCUGCAGCCCUGCCUCCAGGAUGCCAUCCAGAAGAAGCGCACGGGCAGGACCUGGGAGAACAUCCAGCACGUACAGGGCCCGCUCACCUGGCAGCAGUUCCACAAGAUGGCGGGGCGCGGUACCUACGGUUCAGAAGAAUCUCCUGAGCCGUUGCCCAUCCCCACUCUGCUGGUGGGCUAUGACAAGGACUUCCUCACCAUCUCACCAUUUUCCUUGCCAUUCUGGGAGAGGCUGCUGUUGGACCCCUAUGGGGGCCACCGUGACGUUGCCUAUAUUGUGGUGUGUCCAGAAAACGAGGCCUUGCUCGAAGGAGCCAAAACUUUCUUCAGGGACUUGAGCGCUGUGUAUGAGAUGUGUCGGCUGGGGCAGCACAAACCCAUCUGCAAAGUGCUCCGGGACGGGAUCAUGCGUGUGGGGAAGAGUGGGGCACAGAAGCUGACCUCGGAGCUGGUGAGCGAGUGGUUCAGCCAGCCUUGGGGCAGCGAGGAGAGUGACAAUCAUUCCAGACUCAAACUGUAUGCGAAAGUUUGCCGCCAUCACCUAGCACCUUAUCUAGCCACCCUGCAGCUGGACAGCAGCCUGCUGACACCACCCAAGUACCAGAGCCCACCAGCAACAGCACCGGGUCAGGCCCCGCCGGGGAGUGCUGGGCCCUUGGCGCCAAAUGCAGGAUCUGCAGCACCCCAAGCUGGCAAUGCGUUCAACCCCACCUCCAACAGCAGUUCUGCCAACCCUGCAAGUGGUUCUGGCCCUGGGGCCUCCGGGGCCCCCGUCUCAGCUUCCACCUCUGCCCCAGGCAUGAGCCAGAUAAGCACUGCUGCCUCUUCGGGGUUCAGUGCUAGCAUUGGAGGGCAGAACCCCAGCGCCGGGGGCAGCUCUGCAGACCGAGCGCAAGGGACCAUCGGCUGUGGUGGGGACCCUGAGUGUGGGCAGAGCACCUCGCAGGAUGGACAAGAAAGUGUGACAGACAGGGAGAGGAUCGGCAUUCCCACGGAGCCCGACUCUGCAGACAGCCAUGCCUACCCCCCAGCUGUGGUCAUUUACAUGGUGGACCCCUUCACCUACACUGCAGAGGACGACUCCACGUCCGGGAACUUCUGGCUGUUGAGCUUGAUGCGCUGCUACACGGAGAUGCUGGACAAUUUACCUGAGCAUAUGAGGGACUCUUUCAUUCUCCAGAUUGUGCCUUGCCAGUACAUGCUGCAGACAAUGAAGGAUGAGCACGUGUUCUACAUUCAGUACUUGAAGUCCAUGGCAUUUUCCGUGUACUGCCAGUGCAGGCGGCCGCUGCCGACACAGAUCCACAUUAAAUCCCUCACGGGGUUCGGGCCUGCAGCCAGCAUUGAGAUGACCCUCAAGAACCCUGAGCGGCCCAGCCCUAUCCAGCUUUACUCCCCACCCUUCAUCCUGGCUCCAAUCAAAGACAAGCAGACGGAGCUGGGUGAGACGUUCGGCGAGGCCAGCCAGAAAUACAACGUGCUCUUUGUGGGCUACUGCCUGUCUCAUGACCAGCGCUGGCUUCUGGCCUCAUGCACUGACCUCCACGGGGAGCUGCUGGAGACCUGCAUUGUAAAUAUUGCUUUACCAAACAGAUCUCGGAGGAGCAAGGUCUCAGCGCGUAAGAUCGGCCUGCAGAAGCUGUGGGAGUGGUGCAUCGGAAUCGUCCAGAUGACGUCACUUCCCUGGAGGGUCGUCAUCGGGCGGCUGGGACGCCUGGGCCACGGGGAGCUUAAAGAUUGGAGCAUCCUCCUGGGAGAGUGCUCCCUGCAGACAAUCAGCAAACAGCUCAAGGACGUGUGCCGCAUGUGUGGCAUCUCGGCUGCUGACUCGCCCUCUAUCCUCAGUGCCUGCCUGGUGGCCAUGGAGCCCCAGGGCUCCUUUGUGGUGAUGCCAGAUGCUGUCACGAUGGGCUCUGUUUUUGGCCGAAGUACUGCCCUCAACAUGCAGUCAUCUCAGCUCAACACCCCUCAGGAUGCGUCCUGCACACACAUCUUGGUGUUCCCCACGUCAUCAACCAUCCAGGUGGCUCCAGCCCACUAUCCCAAUGAAGACGGCUUCAGUCCCAACAAUGACGACAUGUUUGACCUCCCUUUCCCAGACGACAUGGACAAUGACAUCGGCAUCUUGAUCACUGGGAACCUCCACUCCUCCCCCAACUCCUCCCCCGUCCCCUCCCCCGGCUCUCCCUCAGGCAUCGGUGUGGGCUCGCACUUCCAGCACAGUCGGAGCCAGGGUGAGCGUCUGCUGUCGAGAGAGGCCCCGGAAGAGCUGAAGCAGCAGCCACUGGCCCUCGGGUAUUUCGUCUCCACUGCCAAAGCCGAGAACCUCCCCCCGUGGUUCUGGUCGUCCUGCCCGCAGGCUCAGAACCAGUGCCCCCUCUUCCUCAAGGCGUCACUGCACCACCACAUCUCAGUAGCACAGACGGACGAACUUCUCCCUGCCAGGAAUUCGCAGCGGGUGCCACACCCUCUGGACUCCAAGACCACAUCUGAUGUUUUAAGGUUUGUCCUGGAGCAGUACAAUGCCCUGUCCUGGCUCACCUGCAACCCAGCCACCCAGGACCGCACUUCCUGCCUCCCUGUCCACUUUGUGGUGCUCACUCAGCUGUACAACGCCAUCAUGAACAUCCUCUAAAGGAAAGCACUUGGCCUCUAGGGUCCAGGGGCCCGCUCCACUCUGCAAAUGGCCCUCCCUUCUCCUCAGACUACUCUCCACAGUGCUCAUCACCGCGGGACGAACACUUCUCUCACCUACCUGGAAACCUCCCUAAGCAGCGACUUUCCGCCCGUGGAUGCUGUGUGUGGCCCCACUCACUGGUCCACAGGAAGGGUUGGUAGGGUUGGUUUUAAGAGGGCAACAGAAGAGACAGUAUCCUUUUGCACAAGAGUCUGUUUUUCGGUCUCUGUUUAAACAGGAGCGUGAUUUAGCCUUUGGAUAAAACCCUCUAGCUGUCGGGGUGGCCUGAGCCCCAGCUUCCGGGCCUGCCGACAGCUCCCCAGUGUGUUCCUAGGAAGGUCUGGAGAGAGCCUCAUGUUUUUAUUUAUUUUAAGUCGUUCUGUCACGUGGUGGGUGGGUGGGGGGUUGAUGGUUUUGUUUUCAUUUGUGAGGACCGGGGACAGUAGCUGAAAGCCAGCUCAGCUCUACCACGGGAUUCUGACUGCGUACCUCGGUCCUCGGAGGAGGAGGGCCCACCGCUGGGAGGACCGUGUCUAAGCAGUCUCAUUCCAGCAGUAGCUUUGGUUAAGAACAAACUGGAUUUUCAAGGUUCUGCCACUUUCCUUAGAAGGGGCCAUGAUUCUGUACAGAAGGCAGACGCCCAGCUCAGGGUCCUGGCAGCAAGUUCCUUCCCAAUGAAUUGCUCCCGAAAGCCAGGCCUCUCCUCAUUGGAUCAAACGGGACUCAUGUACAUAUCACAAUCAAAAGUGUUUGCUCAGAAAAUCAGCUAUAAAUAGGGUGAAUUUUUUGUGGACCAUAGGAAUCUUAUUUCAAAGAAAUAUGACAACAUAAAUUCGUACUUGAAGUUGAGCCUUCAUGGUGGGACUUUUUUAAAACGCCUUUUAAAAAGUGACCGUGGCUGGUGGAAGCAUUUCACGACUCCUCAUUCCAGGCUCGAGAGGGUUGUCUUCACGGCUCGCGGUGCCGGGUGCUGCCCCGCAGUAGGCAGCCCCCUGCAGACUGCCAGGGAGAGGAUCCCGCACAGCUAAACGUUCUUCCAAGAGACUUCCACAUCAUGGUUGUUAACAAAAAAGAAAAAUGUAAUAAUCAAUAUGAUUUUGUAAAAGUAUUUUUCUUGAAAUGAUCUAACGUUUAAAACAUUAUCUUGAAAGCAGAGUGGCAUGGCGUGGCGGGCCAUGGGAGCAGAGCAGGACCGUGUUCCUGGACUAGGGGUUCUCUGUGCCGCCGGGGAGGGGGCGCCUUUCGCAAUGUAUAGGUUACAAAUCUGAUAUAUCAAACCAUUUGUAUCUAAUGUGUACAGUGUAAAAUCAACUUUAAAAAUAUUGCAGUGCUAUUUUUUCUUAAUCAGAAAGGAAAUUUCCCAAGGUCUUUUGAAGAGCAUAAAAUGAUGAAGAUUGUAGACUUGUAUAAAAUUAUCCUGGUGAGAAGACACAUUGUAAAGUAGAUAUUUGUAAUCUUUUACCACUUUGGGGUUGCUUUUUUCCCAGACUUCAUCAGAACUUUGGAUUUUUUUUUAAACGGGCUGUUUUUAAUGCAGGGGGCUUUUCUUCCCUAGAAACCCAAUUCUAAUUUAAAAAAGAAAUAUAAAAAACAAACAAAAAAAACCCCUACGAAAACUCAAAAAAAAAAAAAAAAAAAGGCAGCAAAGGGUAGUUUUCAUCGGGUGUCUUAUUUAAGUUUUUUAAGUUAAGAAAAGCUGGUGACAUAUUUAUACGUUUUUGUGCAAAAAUAAAUGAAUGGCAAUAGAUUUUAAAAAAUCUUAUGUACUUCUGUGUGAAAAGUCUGUAUAAUAUUUCCCUUAAAUAUGCAUUAUUUUACUUGUGAGUUUUUUACUGAAUUAAUCUGAAAUGUACAAGCCCUGGAUUUGCUACAGAGUGAGAAGUUAUUUUUUUUUUUAUUUUUAAUUUUGGAAAUUCUGCAGAAAUCAGAACUCUGACCACGGUUUGGACUAAAGGGGGACGGGCGGGGCGGGCCAGCAUGCUUGUGUGUCGCUUCAGAGCUGUACAGCUCUGGGCGUUCUCUUUCCUUUGUUUCCUUUUCCUUCAAGCGUUUUGCAGUGAGCUGCUUUUAUAUAUAGCGAACAAUUGGAAAGAAUACAAAGACAUGUGAAGUUCAUUUAAGAGAAACUACAGUAUAGCGCUGGUACAGUACACUAAAGACUUUGAUAAAAGGCCUCCAUUUUAAAUGUCAUUCAUAUAUACCUUGUGGAUGAGAGCUAUAUACUUUUACACACUUUUUUAGAGGAAUAAAUUAUUGAAUUACUGAA